AUGAGGAGGCACGUCAUAGAGCUGAAUGUGGCCAAGAGCACCAUCGAGAAGGCCGUACAUAAAGAUUUAGGUCUUUCCAGCAAUGCCCGGGUCCCUAGGCACCUUCUCACCGAGUCCUUAAAGGCCAAAAGGCUGGAAAGGUCUAGUAAAGAUAUGAAUUGGUUGAAGCACAACCCAUCCACCGUCAAUAUUUUCUCGGACAAGAAGCUUUUUCCAGUGGACCAGGUUUACAACCGUAGAAAUGACCGAUUCUUGGCUAGUUCAACUUCUGAGGUCAAGGGAGUCUUCCGUACCAAACAUCCCGCAGCCAUAAUGGUUCUGGGUGUCGUGGCCUCCGACGGGAAGAAGAUGCCUCCCUACUUCUUCAAGGUGGGGGAGAAAUUCGGGGUACUGAGAUACCACAUCUUGCCCUGGUUAAAGAUAAGUUACCCAGAUGGCAACUAUGUAUGGACCCAGGAUGGAGCACCAUGCCAUACUGCCAAAAUCAAUCAGAAGUUCUGA